UCUUCUUGGCGCUACUAUAGCAUGCGGUAGUGGGAAUUAUUACACAUUUUUUCGGAUUUUUCUAAACAAAAUUCGAGGUGUUAGCCGUGUGCCUAAAUAUUAGUUCAAAAGCACUUACAAACUGCUACACAAUACAAAACAAACGUGAUAAAUGACGAACAGCGUGGAAUUGCAGUGUUUGGCGCUGAAGGUUGCGCGAGAGAAAAUCGAACGCGUUGGUUGCGCAUAUUUCAAUGCACGCCGCCAACAAAUUGGCGAGGCUAGCAACGGAGUCGAACGCAGCGAUUCCGAUGAGAAAUUGGCGGGAGCGGGCGAGGAAGUGGACAUCAGCUUCCUGAAAUCACUCGAUCCCAAAGAGUGGAAAGAUCAAGAUCAUUAUAGUGUACUGGGAUUGGGCAAAUUAAGAUGCGAAGCUACCGAUGACGAUAUUCGCCGGGCAUACAGACGCAUGGUGCUGCUACAUCAUCCAGAUAAACGAAAAGCCAAAGGCGAGGAGGUUAUAAGUGAUGACGACUACUUUACGUGCAUAACUAAAGCUUUCGAAAUAUUGGGAACUGCCAAGACGCGCCGUAGCUAUGACUCUGUAGAUCCCGAGUUUGAUGACAAUUUGCCCACACAAUCUGAUAUUGAUAGCAACUUUUUCGAAAGUUUCAACAAGUAUUUUAAUUUAAAUGCGCGCUGGAGUGAAAAAUCGCAAGUGCCGCCAUUUGGCAAUGUGGAUGCCAAGCGUGAGGAGGUGGAACGCUUCUACAACUUUUGGUACGAGUUUAAAUCGUGGCGUGAAUUCAGCUAUCUGGAUGAAGAGGAUAAGGAGAAGGGACAGGAUCGCGAUGAGCGACGCUGGAUUGAAAAAGAAAACAAAGCGGCACGCAUUAAACGCAAAAAGGAGGAAAUGACACGCAUACGCGCUUUGGUGGAUCUGGCCUAUAACAAUGACAAGCGUAUACAGCGCUUUAAGCAGGAGGAGAAGGAUCGCAAGGCGGCAGCCAAGCGUGCCAAGAUGGAUGCAGCGCAGGCACAAAAGGCAGAGCAGGAUCGUGCCGUGCGCGAAGCAGCGCUGGCCAAGGAAAAGGCCGAGAAGGCCGAACAGAAGCGCAUCGAGCAAAUACGCAUUGAGCGUGAGCAGCAAAAGAAGGUGCUAAAGAAGGAGCGCAAAACGCUGCGUGAUAAAGUCAAGGAUAGCAAAUAUUAUGCCAAAAACGACAAGGAUCAGCUGAAGCAUAUGGAGGGCACAGAGAAAAUCUGCGAAACCUUUAGCCUAAGCGAACUGCAAACGCUUAACAAAGCCAUGGAAACCAAGGGCAGAGAGUCCUUCAUAGCUGCACUGCACACAGCAGAGCAAAAAAUCGCCGAGGAGCUGGCAGAGCUUAAUAUGGCGCAGCAAAAAAAGGUUGCCACGCCCAAGUCAGCAGUCAAAGAGGUUAAGAAAGCCGAGUUAUGGAGCAAUGAACAGGUGCAGUUGCUCAUCAAGGCCGUCAAUCUAUUUCCCGCUGGCACUGCUCAACGCUGGGAUGUCAUUGCUACCUUUAUCAAUCAGCAUGGUCAGCAGGGCAAUCCGGUGAGCGCACGCGAUGUGCUAAACAAGGCCAAGGCCUUGCAAAAUAGCGAUUUCUCCAAGAGCACGCUCAAGACUCAUGCAAAUGAGGCGGCCUAUGAGAGCUUUGAGAAAUCCAAAAAGGAAGUGCAAACAACAAACGAUAUUACGCUGGGUGAAUCGCCCGCCGAGAGUAAGGAGAACAUCAAACAGAAUGGUGUGGAGCAGGAACCGAAACAGAAUGGCACCAGCUUGACCAACGGCGCUGCUGCUGCUGCCGCCGCCGCCUCCGCCUCAAAAAUUUGGACCAAGGAGGAACAGGCUUUGCUGGAGCAAGCCAUCAAAACGUAUCCCACGACAACGGCAGAUCGUUGGGAUCGCAUUGCUUCCUGCAUACCGAAUCGCAGUAAAAAGGAUUGUUUGCGUCGUGUCAAGGAGCUAGUGGAGUUGGUCAACUCCAAAAAGGAGGCACAGGCGGCAGUUAAAUGAGUGUUAACCCUGCUACCUGCUCCACUGCUGCUGCUGCUGUGUCCAAGAUAUAUAUAUUCUUACAAUUUUAUUUAAAUAAAUGAUUGCAAAGUUUUCAACGUUAGACACA